UGGCUGCGGGGUCGUGGUGCUGGUAAACUUUUCUCUCCGUUCGGAUGCAAACUGUUAAUGGGAGCAGCUGCGGUUUGAUGAUGAUUUUGUUUCUGCUACCUUUCGUGCUGCUGGUGUUGUCCGUGCCCCUUGUGUAUAAUGGAGCCGACACACAUUUGGACGUGAAAGGGAGCGCUGCAUAUCCAAGGCCAGACGCAGGUGGAAGGGAAGUAGCGACUGGCAGCUUUGGCUCUUCGAUGUUACUGGAUCCCAAAUUUACAGUCAAUCACAGCAAGGAAGAAGUUGUUUGGGAGUGGAAAAAUUGGAAUAGCACCAAAUCUCUGGUUAUUUUAGAUCACGUCCCUAGUAGACCUUCCAUGUUUCCAAGUGAACAGUUCGAACACCGUUUACAGUUCAAUAUUUCUAAUGGCGCGCUGACGAUAAAUCCACUGGAACGCCGUGAUGAAGGAAUUUACAUCGUAUAUGUACAGGGAGAAAAGAAGAAAGAAGUAGUUUUGCACGUUUACGAAGAGCUGUCUGACGCUAUGAUAUUGGACAACUUCAGCUCCCUCAGUUCCACCAUCCAACUCACCUGUAACGUCAGCGGAGAUCCACUUAAGUAUCAGUGGCAGUACAAUGGAGGGGAAAUCUUGGAGCGUCACCAGCUAAUGGACGGGAACAGAACUCUUAUUGCUUCAAAACGUGACUGUGGAAUCUUCACCUGUGUGGCAACCAAUCUCGUCAACUCUGUGAGGGCAAAUUACACCCUAACUGUUCCUGGCUUUCUCCCCGAGAACAUCGCAAUUGUGGUCCUGUUUAUCAUAGAGCUCGGGGUUUCGCUGUAUCGUAUCGUGCCAGUGCUUCUUUGCUGCUGGAAAAAGGAAUUGGGUAAAGCCCUGAUGAGCAGAAAAUGUUUGCUGUUCUUGAAUCUUACUGAUGUUCUGCUUCUUCUCAUUAUCUUCAUUGCUUUCAUAUACUGGAUUAUGGUUAAAGGUGUUGCCUUUAUAUCAGUGUUGGUUCUAUGCACCAUGUCUGCGCAGCUUCUGGCUUUGAUUCUACCAUUCAUUAUUCGGAAGUUAAGUUGCCCAUCUAUUAAAUAUCUCCAACAAUUUCUCGGGGCAUGGGACUGGAUUUUAUACAUCGUUGUGGUCAUCGCCUCAAUCGCGUUCUUUGUGAUUUAUGGAAACAAUCCAGGAUGUGACAGCAGCCCGGAAACCUGGAGAAUAUUCUUCUUUACAAGGAUUUGGACUGCGGUGAUUUUCUUAUCCGUUGUGGCCCAAUACUGUAGAGACAAACGUGGAAGUGAGGAUGGCAGUACUGUCAAAGGAGAGCAGGAUGAUGGAGAAGUGCAGGAAUUGAAGCAGUCUGCACCAGAUCACCCAGAUGAUCAAUGAUCUCUACCACCUCAUGUAGAGUGGUCGUCAUGUCCAGAGUACCUUUCCCUUUAAAAACCACAUACAUCUGAGCAAAAAUACUUGCUCUUUUGGUUUAUAAACUGGAAAACUCAGGCAGACACUGAAUAAUGCAUUUGACUUUUUAAAACUUUAUAUGUUCAACAUUUUUAGCACUUUUAGAAAGUAAAAUUACUUUCUGAUUGCUGAAAUUACCGACAGGAAAAUGUAUCUGGGCCACUUGUGCAAUACACAAAAAAUGGGAGGAUCUCUGUGGGCGUAUUUCUUGUUAGUAUAACUGAUACAUUUCACUGUACGUUUGGACACAUGACAAAUAAAUCUGAAUCUAGAAUGUUCUUACGGUGGGUGGACUGAAGGUGUUUUCAAAGUGAUUUGAACCCCCCUCCCCAGCCCACAAAUGUGUUGAAUCUCACUGGUGUAAAAGCAUCUGCACCAGAUACAGUAAAUUGCACUAAUACAUUCGCAAGGGGCGUGCCUCAGCUGGAAGGAAGGUGGUGAUGAGGAAUUUGUAGGGGAAAGUGGUUGCAUGGAUAAGUGGGGGAAAACAAGCAGAUAAAGUCAGAGUGAUGCCUGCAAAAGGUGGGGAGGAAAGGAAAGAUAUGCUUGGUGAUGGGAUCCUGUUGUCCAUUUCUAUGCUUAGAUGCUGCUUGACCCGCUGAUACCCUCCAGCAUUUUGUGUGUUGCUCCAGAUUUACAGCAUUAGCAAUUUUUGUAUCAAAAAAUUAUUUAAAUUUUUUAACUUUUUAUAAAAUUUAGUAUUAUGUUUACUUAAAGCACAUUUAUGACAGUUUAUAAAGCUGAGAUGAAAAUCUUACAGCUGAUUUGCUGUAGGUGAUGAUUUUGUACUCUGAUGACACAGCUUUUGGAGUAUUAAAGGCCAUGAGUAAAUGUUAUUGUCUCUGUAGCUCUUUUGUCAUACACUGAGCUUUUAGUUUCAAAAUUACUUUGAAACCAGCAAAUGCCUUGGCUAUUUCUGCCUCUAUAUUGUGAUUUUUGUAUUGUUACAUACCUCAAGGAGACCUGUGAUUUUUUUUUUGUGAGAAUGAUGUAAUGGUCUUUUGGAGGUCACCUGAUGUAAUUUGCCUGCUGAUGUGAGGUGACGUGAUGACAUGUGCCCCACGGGGAUAUAAGGGAAGACCCCAGAUGACGCAGUUUAGUUUUUAGAUUUCCAGUUAGAACGUACUGUGUCUCUGUUUCUGUUGCGUAUUUAUUUUAUGACGCAGUUUCAUUUUUAAGACGGUUGUUACGUUCUGUUGCAAGGUACAAUAGUGCUGGAUUGGCAAUUUUUGCUAGAUAUGAUGAUGUACCUUAUUCCAGCGGUAGUAGAAGGGAGAGUGAAGACUUUAUUGAAGUACUGGACCCGAAGGAUUGAGAGGAGUCAGUUUCGUUUGGCAGUUUAACAAAGGAUCGACCUUAUUGAGUCUUUGUUGAAGGAGUAGUGACCUGCAUCAAAGAUAACUUUUGCCAAAAGAGAAAAGAGUUCAUUCAAAGGUUUUCUCUCUCUAAAAGAAAUUAAGGUAAUUUGUUUUAAACUGUUUAUUUCCUGAAUCGUGAAUCCUUCGGUCAGAACCAACUGGAAAGUCGCGUCUAUGAAGAAAUCCUUCUCCAGAGAAGUCUCUCCCAAUUGAAUGUAUAAAUCUGUUGCACUUUCGAAUUUACCACUUUAAGAACUAUAUCCAACUUUACCGCUUUAAGAACUGUUUUCGCAUUUAACGCUUUAAGAACAUGUGCCAAGUGAUGAUUUGUUGAACGGCUGCAUAGCGGUUAACUUGCAGUUAAGGUUUUCGUUCGUUUAUUUUAUCGUUUA